CGCCGCGCCGCCCGCCCCACCCCGCCGGUAAACAGCACCUCCCAAGCCGGAGCACGCGCGCCGCCCCCGCCUCCCCCAGCGCCGCGCACCAUUUUCUGAGAGGAAGUGUCGAGAGACCGCCCGGCUACUGGAGUCGGGCGCGCAGGGCGGACCCCUGCGCCAACGGCCGGACAGAGCUUCCCUCCGCUUCCCGGUGUGUGCCGUGAGGGUGUGAAGGGGCGGACAUGACGGGGGUGCAGCGUGCAGGAAGAAGCGGCUCCAGCCGACGGCGCCUCCGUGAUGCGGGGAUCCCCACCAAGCGCCCGGAAGCCCCGCCGUCGGGCUCGACCGGGGCUGCUCCGAAAGCCAACGGCUCCCCGGCCUCGGCGAGUCCGGCCGCGAGCAGAGAGGAAGCGGGGCCGGCGCAGCCCACUGCGGCCGCCUUGCACUUACCCAUCCAUGGCCCAGAUCGAAGAGCACAACUGACGGGCUCGCCGCCAGCGCAGGAAGCAGGCGGCGGCAGCUGGGUGGCUUCGGGCACCGGCGAGCGGCGCCUCUCCGGAGCCCCGGCCGGUCGGAGGUGGAAGGAAGAGUGGGAAACAGGGGCGGGGACCGAGCACGCUCCCGCCACCACCGCGCCCCCGCCUUCCCAGCCCGCGAGCGCGUCCCCGCCUCGCCUGGCUCCACCCCCUCAGCGUCGACGCCCUCCCUCGGGUCCCGCCCCUGCGCUCCUGCCCACCCUCGGCUCGGCUCCAAGGCGCCCUCUUCCCGCCGGCUGCGCCGCGCCCCGCCUUCUAGCCCACCUCUCUGCGCGCGUGCGCGCCCCCACCCUCGCGCCGGCGUUCGCGGGAGCGCGCGCCUUGUGUUUCGCGCUCGGGUGCCCGCCCUCUCGCGGCCCCGCGGGCCUUCCGGCUUCGCGUCCAGGGGCGGCCAGACUUCAACACUUCCCCCUGCUGGCGGGAAGAGCUUUGGGACUCGACUCCGGGGAGUAGCACUGGUUCUUCCUGUGGAAAUUUACUAUGAAUUCGUUAGUUUGCAAAGAUCUUUGUUCCACAAGCUGCUCCUUCACCGCAAGCUGAACUGCUCCCACCGCACGACGGCUGCGAGAGGGCACCUGCAGGAG